AUGCGGGCUCCACUCCAGAUAUUUGGAUGCUGUUCUAGAGCUCCUUCUUCGACAUUUGCACCUGGACUCCGCACCUCCCAGGCUUUCGCAUCAAAACGUCACGUAUCAUCAAGAGCUCUCCAAGCAUCUCCAUCAAGACCCUCUCUAUCCGACAGCCACGCUCCCUCAACCACAACAACAACUACAACAACAACACCAUCUUCCUUCUUCACUCCCUCACUCUGUCGCCAUGUCUCAACAUCAGUCUCUGCCGCCGACAUAUCCUCGAGCUCCCCAGCCGCCAAAUCCCUCGACUGGAACACCUUCUUCAAACUGCGAACCUCGCGUCGACGCUACUCUCUUGUUUCCUCCAUUCUCGGCUCCAUUGCUACAACCGGCUCCACAAUCACAACCUUGACCGCAUAUCCCUCCUUUCAAGACGCCAUCAUGAAGGUCAUAACACUCGAUCCCAUGGUAUCGCUUGGCCUCACCACCUUUGCCGGCAUGGGUGCCGGCUGGCUCAUUGGGCCAUUUUUUGGCAACUUUGUAUGGCGGGCGCUACAUCGAAGUAGUCUGAAUGAAUUCGUGGCCAAGGAGAAGGGUUUUUAUGAGAGGAUCAAGAAGCACAGGGUUGAUCCUAGAGGUGCAAGCGCAAACAACCCGGUGCCGGAUUACUACGGGGAGAAGGUUGGGAGUGUGCAGGGCUAUCGGAGGUGGUUGAAGGAUCAAAGGGCUUUCAACCGAAAGAGGGGAGGAUUGACAACUUAG